GUGAUAGCGAACACGGGAUUUUUGAUGGCUGAGGUGCGCUCACGAAAAGUUCGAUCCGUCGUUUUCACAUGCAUGUACUCGGUUCUGCGUGCGCGGCGGUGUUGCUCGGCGUUAGCGGAAUAUCAGAGAUUAUAGUCAAUUCUCGUACAUCAAGGGGAACAACUACAACUUAUAACUACUAGAUUAUGGGCUUGAGAGCCGCUACCUACUAGUAUCGAAACUGUACUACAUUCAUCAAGCCAUCUUUUAUCUUUAUCGAAGAUCAGGGACUACGACUGGACAACUCUCUCUCCUUCUAUUUAACAUGCAUCCUCAUCCUCUAACCCGAAGAGAGCGUCUGGAGAAUCGACAUGCUCCCUACCUGAUCAAGCUGCACAUUUUAGCAGGUGGCUUCCAUGGAUGGAUCAAUUACUUCUUUCAGACGCGGAGUCAGGUUAUGAUGGAUCUCUCUCACGUGAAAGAAACGUGAGGUUGCUCUAGUAUAAAUGAACGCGAGACAAGUAGGUGGGGGUGGCACUCAUGAUGGCACUCAUCCUCAUGACGUUCAACAUGAUCACACACACACUUUGUUGAUGUUGACUUCUUCAUCAGCACAGUUUCUAAGGAUCGUGGAAUCGCAGUAGACGUAGCCUCUCUUCCGCAGGUAGAGGACUUCAAUGCUUCUUGUUGGACCAAGGCGAAAGAGAGCCAUCUCGGCUAUGUGCACGUCAUGGACGCACUGUGGUCGGAAGCGGGUCAGAAGAAGCUGAUCAAAAAUUUGUUAAGGGUAGGUUAAAGGUGCUUUUCUUACCGCUUUUUAUGCCUCUCUCCCUUAGGUGGGGACAGGCAUAACAAGCGGGGUAAGCGAGCACCAAAAGCCUACCUCUAAAUUUCGAGGAAGAACUGGAGCGCUGUGCUCUGGCUCAGGCAGGGAAGGGAGAAGAAGACGACGGCGAAGAAGGUGCUGGUGUAGGAGGUGAGAAUAGAAGAGGGAUCAUAUCUGACAAUAGAGGAUCGUCGGAUUUGAACCCGAUGGGAGAACCCCCUACUAGUGAUGGAAAUUAUAGACAAGCACAAAGACAAGCAAGCACUAUGAACAUGAUGAACCUUGUUCCAAUUAUGACUCCAAGCAAGAAGACUAUUUCUGGUACAACUGCGCAACAAGAGCUACGUCCUCGCAAGGGCAGCGUCGAAGAACAAGAGAUCGCAGAUGAAGAGGUCUCAAAUCACGAAAACGCAAGUGCUGUCAGUAUGAGCCAAGUCGUUGAGCAUCAUGAACAAGGCGGCGAAGUUAUUCCAUCACCAGUGCCUGAAGAAGAUAGAGAUGGAGAUGAUAGAGAUGUCAUACAUGUGCCGCCAUCUGGCGGCAGGAUUCAUGUACCACACAGCAUAGUCAUAGAUGCAAGUCAAAUGCUAGACAUGGACGCGUAGAAAUUGAAAUGUACAUACAUUUCCAUAAGAACCCACCUCAUCUAGUCACAAAUGGUUCCAGUAAAUAUGGUAACCUGAAUUCGAUCACGAGGAUUCUCUUCUUGUUUUCCCCCAUGAUCAAAAUCAGGCUACCGAAUACCAGAACAGUACAAGUCAGGACUUAUUAGUUCUAGUUCUACUUCACGUAAGAAAAAAAUAGUCAUUUUGCUGCUGCAGUGACGUAUCUACUCAUCUGCCCUUAAUUUUGGAGCUGCUCCUAAGUAAGAAGUAACUUCGUUUCGCUUUCGCUUUUCGUCACGUAGAAGCAUGUAAAGAUCAUGUUGUUUUAGAGGUAGAUUGCAGAGAGCGUGUCAUAACCAUAUUGCACAAAAAGUUUUCAGAUUCAUAUUCUGAAUCAAUAAGUCAGUAGUCAUUUUCAUUCGCUAACGCUAUCUAGUUGUAGUACAAGUUCAUCAUGCUACGGCUGCUAGUUUUACUUCUGUAUGGAAAUUGAAAGGUAUUGCAAGAAGGAUAGCGGCACUGAAUUUGAGUAGAGGCAACAAAUGCAAGUGACAGAUCUGCAUAUGCCACCCAUUCAAGGGACACCAAGGACGCCACUCCAGAGAGCAU